GGCAGCAUUAGUUCUUGAGAUGACCCUGUGCCCUGUAAUAUAACCCCAACUGUCUGUCAUUAUAUUAGGGGAAGUGAUAUUCCUAUGCAGUUUUCCGUUCAGCGCUACCAAUCCAAUCUACAUCGCGGUGAUACUAUAGGUGUUACGGCAGAGAAGCAGCAGCACCCCCCUCCCUCUGCUUUUCUAUUUGUUGAGAGGCUGUAGCGGUAGCGCGCUAGGAGGGAUAUGGCGUGUGCACAAUGCAGUGGGUUCUACAAACAGAGAAAUUGGCAAAUCUGGAUUUAAUUUCCGAGUUGCGGCUGAGAUGAAGAAAAUUGCUGACGUAGCCCCAUAUGGCUGCAAGUUGCUUCCACGAUGAAACUUUACUGCAAGAUCGUCACAGUUGCUCUCUGUUUUGGAGUUGUGCUGCUUUUGUAUCUUUUCGUGAGUAGUGGGGACGAACCGCCUUAUAAAGUUGCUAAAGAAGGGUACGAACCUCUCGUUUCCUCAGGGUUAGAGAAGCUGUCUUCCACCAACUUGGCAUAUUUCCGUCCUGCAGAAUCUCAGUUUUGGAGGAAAACGCCACGUCUUAGCAGGAAAAAACACGGUAAACUCCCUAGUAGAAGAGGGAAGUUUGCAGAUACCAGGAAACAUGGUGAGCAGAGGAUGUAUACGAAAGACAGAACUAUUGGAGAAUGGAUGCACCUUGCAGUUGUUGCAUGUGGCACUCGACUAGAGGAAACCCUUACGAUGCUCAAGUCGGCCUUGCUUUUUAGUAGUAGAAAGAUCAUCUUCCACAUCUUUGCUGAGGAUUCUUUGAAGUCACAGUUUGAAAGCAAUCUGCAGAAAUGGUACCACUACUACCCCCCAUCAUUCCAGUUCCACAUAUACCCAAUUACAUUUUCAGCAGGAAACCCCCAGGAGUGGAAGAAGCUGUUUAAACCCUGUGCAGCACAGCGCCUUUUUCUGCCGGUCAUUCUAAGGGAUGUUGAUUCUCUUCUGUAUGUGGACACAGAUGUUUUGUUUUUGCGACCCGUUGAAGACAUCUGGAGUUUUUUGAACAGGUUUAAUUCCACUCAGCUGGCAGCCAUGGCACCCGAGCAUGAAAUCCCAAAGAUUGGCUGGUACAGUCGAUUUGCACGCCAUCCAUUUUAUGGUGCAGCUGGAGUUAAUUCUGGUGUGAUGCUGAUGAAUUUAACUCGAAUAAGAAACACGCAGUUCAAGAACAACUUGAUCCCAGCUAAUUUGACAUGGGAAGAAAUGCUGUACCCCUUAUAUCAGAAGUAUAAAAACUACAUCACGUGGGGUGAUCAGGAUCUUCUAAACAUAAUUUUCUACUUUAAUCCAGAGCUGCUUUAUAUAUUUCCUUGUCACUGGAACUACAGACCUGACCAUUGCAUGUACGGCAGUAACUGCAAAGGAGCUGAAGAAGAGGGAGUGUCUGUUCUCCAUGGUAACCGUGGUGUUUAUCAUGAUGAUAAACAACCUGCCUUCAAAGCAGUGUAUGAAGCGAUACGUGAUUAUCCAUUUGAGGAAAACCUUUUUCAGUCCAUGUUUUACCCUCUUCAGUCAAAGUUCUUAAAUGCAGUGCACACAUUGUGUGGUCGAAUUCCACAGGUUUUUCUCAAGCAAAUAGAGCACACAAUGCGGAAAGUAUAUGAAAGGAAUGUAAUUGUCCAUAUUGGGCAUGUCAUAUAAGUGUCGUCCUUGCCUCAUUUAAUGGUAUCUUGUGUGUGUCAGGAGACUUGAAGCAUGUCAUUUUAGAAUGGGAGUAAGAGAAAUAAAAGGCUAGGUUCUGUGGAAUCUCAGUAGUGAUACCUUUAUGGAAUAUCCCUCCCACAGGAUUAUGCUGAGUUUCUGUAGAUGAGACGGGUCCUGAUUUUCAUAACGUUGACAAAUGUAUCCAGUUGAUAUAUAGUAAAGCUCAACUGUAUCAUGUUAAUGAGCACUUUGAGAAGACACAGGAUAAGCAGUCUGUUUUUAAAAUCAUAAAGUUGCUAAUGGGAAUUGCGUUGCAAAGUGACCCAUCCAGACUGAGCAGCUGAUAAUAGUGUUUGAGUAAUUUGUAGGAGAACAUUAUAUUUUUGUGAAUAUGAGUAUAUACUUACUGAAUUUAAGAAUGACUCAGUUUGUCACUGAUUUUUUGAAGUAGUAUAUAAAAAAAACUGAGUGUUCAGACCAUGCAAAUUACAUUCCAUUUUUACCUUAACUUCUUCUUUCAGCUUUUCCCCGGUCAGGGGUCGCCAGAGUGGAUCACCUGUCCGCUCAUGAUUGGCAGAGGAGUUUUUACGGUGCACGCAGUCACACCUAGGGCCAAUUUAGAG